ACCCCGAACCCGAAGCCCAAAGCUGAUCCGAAAUCAAAAACAAACCCGGAUUCGAAGCCUCAGGGCGGGUUCGUGAGACCUCUGACGCACCGAACCAUCGUCAGUCCGAAGCCUCAUGUGCGUGGCUUCGGGGAGGUCGGGAUCGUCUCGCAGCUCGCAGAGAGCACCAACAGGAUAGAGGAACCGACGACACAAAAUCCUUUUAGAGAAGACGUCGAGAGGAGAGGACCUUUUCCACACAGACUCCGCCCCGUUCCUGUUGUUGAUGGCCAUCCUACGGGGAAAUCGGCGGAUGCCCAGAACACAGGCUUCGAAGUCCCCGUCGGCACAGGCAUCUUCGUGAACUCCGGGCCCUUUGACUCCUCCCCCUCCCAGCCGUCCUUCCCAGACACCACGCCCACUAUUUUCCACCGCCCCAAUUUCCCCUCUCAGACACCCUCCUUUUUCCCCGACGACAGUUUCCCCGACAGGCCCAUCAAUUUCCCCGGAUCGACGCCUGGUUCUAAUUUCCCCGAUAGGCCUAUCAAUUUCCCCGGAUCGACGCCGAGUCCAUUUUUCCCCAAUCCUUCUAAUCCGAAUCCUACGAAUCCGAGUGGUCAUUUCCCGAAUUUUCCUAAUCCUACCACACCAAGACCUAAUUUCCCUAAUCCUACGACGCCGUUCCCGCUUCCCCCUAGCCCGCCAACGAUCAAUCCUUUCGUCCCUAAUCUACGACCUUUUAACCCCGCACAGUUCCCGAAUCCGUCAACCCCUAAUCCACUGUUCCCUUCAUCCACACCCAAUCCUCUCUUUCCUCUUAAUCCUUCGACCCCUAAUCCACUUUUUCCCCUAAACCCCUCAACGUCGAAUCCAUUUUUCCCCCGCCCGAGCACCCCGAGCUCGCUCUUCCCUCCCUUUUCCCCCACGCCGAGCCCCUUUCCCCCCCGCCCCACUACAGGAUUUCCCCUUUCCCCCCGCCCCACCACUGCAAUUCCCUUUUCCCCAACCCCGAGGCCUCAACUUCCCCGACCGACGAGACCGUUUCUCCCCAGACCGAGCGUAAACGACAGCCCCGUUUUCCCCCCACAGCCCGUCUUCCCUUCAACCGGCGGGAAUCAAGGAGGAUUUUAUCCCUAUUAUUUCUUCCAGCAGCCUCCGCUCUAUGACUAUGGACAGAGACCCAAUUACGGAUACGCUUAUGAUGUCAACGACCCACAUACGGGUAACUUCCAAGGCAAACAGGAGACGAGCGAAGAUGGGAUUGUUCGAGGGAGCUACCACCUUCUGCAACCUGACGGGCGCGUGAGGGUGGUCACUUACCAUGCCGAUGACGCCACAGGGUUCAAGGCUGAUGUUGAGUACCUGCCUGCUGGUGGUGAUAACUACUAGCAGCCUCGUCGGCUCAUUUCGGAUUGAAAUCUUAUUAGCUCCUUAGCAUUGAAACUUCGUCAUCUGAUUUAGUUCACUAAAACUGAAACCUCAUCAUCUUCCUAGAUUUGAAACCUAACCAAACUCAUCAUUAGAACUAAAACCUCAUUGACCUUAGAAACCUCAUUAUCUCCUUAGAACUGAAACCUCAUUAACAUCUGCAAAUUGAAACCUAACUCCUGAUUAAAACCCCAUGAAUUCCCACUAACAGAAAACUAUAAACCUGAAACCCAUUUAACCCCCAUACAAGUGAAAGGAAGAGCGUGAGACCAACCACAGACCCAUUUUUUGUAGUAGGAGAAAGGACGGUCUUUUGACGGAGAUCGCCCGGAGCCUAAAAUUAUUUUUUACAAAUCAACAUAGAUCGAAUUAUAAAAAAAAAAAAAAAAAAAAGGGAAAGGUGAGAAAACUAAUGUGUUUAUUGAAAGGUGAAAUGGCUUAUGUGUUAAUUGAAGGACGAGACAGCUUUUUUGAAAUUCAGGUGGUUUUCGAAAUUAUCUCGUCUCAACCUGUAAACAUGAUUUAAGCUCGGUGGUGUUGCUUUUAACAUGAAUCGAAUCAUCAGUAAAACAAUGACUAAUAUGUCCAUUGAAGGACAAGAAGCUUUUUUUUUUUCGAAAUUCAGUUACUUUUCGAAAUUGUUAUCUCGUCUCUUUGAAAACAUAAUUUGCGUACGGUGUUGCUGUUUUUUUGUUUUUUUUCAUAUAUACAUAAAAAUAAAAAUAAAUGUUUUAUACCUUAUUUCCGGUCUGGGUUGAUUUCUCGCUUUUUUCCAGCGAUGUGUCAAGCUUUUGUAUUUCGUAUUUAAUAAUAAAAAAAUAAUGCAAAUGAA